AUGCAUCUCGUCGUAGUCAUUUGUCUGACUGCCAUUGCUGGGAAUGGAGCACUUGGAUUAGGUGUGCAUCAAACUAAACCGGAUCCAGAGCUGCCAGAAAUUCAUGUCAAUCCAAACCUUGGUGAGGAUGUGACUAUUCAACACAAUCAUAAGGACGUCGGUGAACCACCAAAAGUCCCAAUCCAUCCGGAUUUCGGGUCGGAAAUCGAACUUUCCGAUGACAUCAUCACUGACAGCGUUGUGGAGAAAAACGGCCCAUCACUUACUCAGGCUCGUCCACUUUCUCCGUUCCUUCCUCCACAUGACGAAAGGCCAAUAUCGCCAACAGCAGCAUCAAAAGGAAAUGUGCGUCCAGGACCUCCAGCUCCGCCACCAAAAAAGAGUGGAAAUGCCUGCCCAUCAAGAGUUUCGGCAUUCUGUACAGUGCGGGAUCAAUCUUACCUUUUCUCCGAUGGAUAUGUCUAUAUUAUUCGUAACGACAGAAUCCAAAGCGUUAGACCUAUAGAUCAUAUAUUCCCUGGAGGACCACACUUUGUCAAUGCAGCUGUUUAUGAUAAGGAGAAGCGCCUGGUCGUUCUUAUCGAGAAGCGGCAAGUUUACGCCUACCGUCCUGUGAGCAAUGGCAAGUUCGAGCUAGAUCCGACCUAUCCAAAGGAAUUGACAUCGAGCGUCGCAUUCACGCCGACUGGAGCAAUGAGGUGGCAUGACAGGCGUCAAGUUCUGUUAUCAGACGAUGGACGGUUUGCUAUGUAUGACGAGUACUGGAACAAGUCUUUGAUAACAGCUCACACAGAGGAUUAUUUCCUGGGUCUCCCACAUAAUGUUCGAGGAAUUUCUAAUUGGGAGAAUGAUGAGGGUAAAAUCUACACACACAACUUGGUAUUCGUCUACAAAGUGCUAGACAAUGCUGUAGCAGGAGAUGGUAUUCCUUUGUCGACAUUCCUACACUGUCAGUAG